AUGCCAUUCAACAGUGCUAUUCCUACCAACUCUUCUUCCAGCAAGAAAGCUCAUGCAGGAUCAUCAACCAAAAAGGUCAAGUCAACCACGAGCAAGAAGGUCAUGUUUGAAAAGCCUGAAUUCAAGGUUGACAACAUGCCCUCCAUCUCCAUGUCCAAUUCGCCCACCAACAUACCUCUGCCAACAACAUCACCUAUGCCAACAACAUCACCUAUGCCAACAAAUUUAUCUAUGCCACCUAUGCCCCAUGCCACCACAAUGUCUGUCCUUUCUGAUGAUGAUGACGCUAUGGAUAUAUGCGAUGAGCAUUCUAUGAAAAGAACUAUGCCUAUGCCAGAGUCACCAGCUGCCAAAAGACAAAGGCCAACCAUGACAACACCACCUGCCGAUAUUGUUUUCGGAAAGGCUUUGUAUCGAAGCCUUAAUCAAGGCAUGGUGGCUCGUUUGGAUGCUUUGCGUGCUGUGUUUCCUUUGAACGAACAAGCACCCAUCCUUGUUUUACGUUAUUACGUAUCUGACAUUUGGUCCAUGUUGCAGUCCAGCAGCAAGUACGUCCCCGUGGAUCUGGUGGAAAUGUCUGAUUUCGAAGACGCCUUUUCCAUUUUGAAAUUGGCUGAAAGAGAUGACAGCGGUCAGGUUCGGGUAAAGAUCCAAAAUGUUCAGGUUGAUACCGGCUUCCAGUACUUUUGCUUGGUCUUUCCUGUUCCUGACGACCGACCUUUGGCAUUGGCUCAUGCCAUAGUGAAUGGCAGAGUCCAAAAUCCAUUCAAAAAGGUUGGUAUCAGGCGGGAAUAUGUGUAUUAUAUGGCCAGCGUGAUGAUGGAUGGCCGAGGUAAGGAGGCUACUGACUUUCAUCAAUUACUCCAGCGGGCCAUUUUUGAUACUUUUCGUAUCAUCCCAUAG